UGGAAAUGACUAUAACGUUUUCAAAGUUUGAGUUACAUUAACUUAAUUAUUGUAUUAAAAUGGAGUGCUCGGUUUAACAGUGUAUCUCUGGGUUUUUAGCUACUGCGACCAAGAGAUUGUUGGGCAGAGCUUAUGGAGUCAUGAGGUCACUGGACAGAGUUGUUGAGCAAUGCUGAUACCUUCUCAGGAGAAUGAAGGUCCAAGUCUUACUGUAUGGUUAUAAGACUUUGAUGUUAACCAUUGACUGAAGAAGAUGGCUGGAUGUCUUUGGUACUACGUAGAUCCCUGAUUGAUGAUCCUUGGAUAUUGCUGGAAUGAGUUUGUAUCAAACACCCUUCAUUUGACUUUGUGUCAAAUGAAUGGCUACUUAGGGAGACUUAAGAUGAGUGUCCCUUGCAUUAUGAGGGAACCUCAGUUUUGACAUUUUGACCAUGUGCCACAUUUCUCUUCAUAAUCCUGUACAUAGCCACCUCAGUGUUGAGGACUCCAAUAACUGGGAAAGCCAAGGCGACACCUACAUUUAAAUAGUUACUUUGGCGAUGGACCAGUGGCUGUCAUCCAGGAACCAAGAUGGUUCUGUGGUGUAUGUAGCAACGUGUUGCACAUCCCAAACCUGACCUGAAAGACGGUCUUACAUGCUUUUUGAAUCUCACACAGAUGGCUUCUUUUACACUCCCUCAAAACAACUAUCUUCUCUAAUACUUGCAUCUUGUUGUCCUCAAAAAUUGCUUCUUCUCUUUUAGACAAGUUAAACUGCAAACUGCGUGUCUUUGGUGGGUCCUUGGCUACCAUUGGAAUGGCUUUGUGUCAAAUGAAUGAUCACGUGGGGAGAUUAAAAUGAAGAGUAUCACACAGAGAAGCAACAUCAGCUGCAGAAAUUUGGCCAGAUUGUGCACGAUCCAGUACACAGGUGCUUCAGGGUUGAGGAACCCAGCAGCUGGAAAUGGCCAAGAAGCACCCACAUUUCACCUAGCUUUGGCAGAUAGAUGGCUACUUUUGAGAGCUAAGAAAAGCAAGCAACAAUGUCCACCAGCGAGCGUUUUGAUUGCCAUUACUGCAAAGAUUCCCUGCUGGGGAAAAAGUAUAUAAUGAAAGAGGACACGCAGUACUGCACUAAGUGCUACGAGAACCUGUUUGCUAACUGUUGUGAAGGCUGCUCUUUGCCAAUUGGCUGUAACAACAAGGAUCUGUCCUAUAAAGAUCGUCACUGGCACGAACAGUGUUUCAAGUGUGCCAAGUGCAACCGCUCCCUCGUGGAAAAGGCUUUUGCUGCCAAGGAUGAUCUGUUGCUCUGCACCGAGUGCCAUGCCAAUGAUUACUCCUCCAAGUGCACCACCUGCAAGAAAACCAUCAUGCCAGGUGCCCGUAAAAUGGAAUAUAAGGGGAACAGUUGGCAUGAGACCUGCUUUCUGUGCCACCGCUGCCAACAGCCAAUAGGAACCAAGUCCUUCAUCCCCAAAGAUGCCGGGUUCUACUGUGUAGCCUGCUUCGAGAAGCAGUUUGCCUACCAGUGCUCUGCUUGUAAGAAGGCCAUUACAACAGGUGGGGUUACCUACCAAGACAAGCCGUGGCACCGUGAGUGUUUCCUGUGCAUUGGCUGCAGAAAGCAGCUGUCAGGUCAGCGCUUCACCUCCAGGGAAAACUACCCCUACUGUCUCGAAUGCUUCAGUAACCUCUAUGCAAAAAAGUGCGUGGGCUGUACCAAGCCCAUCACCAGUCUGGCUGGGGCAAAGUACAUCUCUUUUGAAGAACGUCAGUGGCACAGCGAGUGUUUCACCUGCAUGCAGUGCGCCGUGUCACUGGUGGGACGCGGCUUCCUCACCCAACGCGACAACAUCUUGUGCACCGACUGUGGCAGGGAAAAGUGACCUCUGGGUCAAGAGCCACAGCCUUCACACAGAGCUCAUAUUCUGACACAGAUGCUGAGCGCUCACUAAUUAAAUGUCACACAAGGGUUUUGUUGUUAAUAGUCCGCUUACACUGUCCACAUGCAUUUACACACAAAAUGUAACGUUUCUACAUACCUUUAAAAGAAAUAUGCCUUAAACACCACUGAUUGCUUAUAUGAUUUAUGCAUUUGGGAAAAUUCACAUUUUCCAAAUAUUAAAAUAUUUCCUUUGCAUGUUUAAUGCAUAUCAUAGCACUUUGUCAAAUUAUAGAUUAUCGCUUACAGUUCAAAUCAAGCAGAUUAUGCAAAUAAUACUAUUUAAUUUACAGUUUUUAUUAUUCACACAUUAACCCUCUGGUGUCCACAGACUCCCCGGUGAGUCCAGGUCAUUUUAUUAUAUUUUCAGCAAUCCCCCUUUUACCCUAUGGAGUCCAUGGUAUAAUUGGGUGUUUUUGACUACUUUUGGUUUUACCUUCAUAAUUUGCCAUAAAAAAAACUGUUUACUUUUGCCUUGUUUGGUGUCAGUUUUUUUCAGCACA